UUGGGCCGAAAAUUGAACUUGAUGAUCAUUUUUAGGCCGAAAUGGGCCUGCCCGAUUCCAAAUAAAAAGCUAAGCGUGAGGGAGAAGCCUUUGAAGUUGAAAACUUGUCCCAACUACCUAGCGCCAAAAAGUUUCCUCCACUUUCAAUUACUCUCAAGUCUCACCCCUCAUUCACCGAACGCUUUCUGCAAAAAGCGAGGGAAAAACAAAAUGACAGAUUCACGGUCGAAUUCAGAGAUUUUCAGUGUUCGGAUUGUCUCCAUCGACUAUCACAUGGCACCGCCAAUCCCAGGCACCGAUAUCUGUUACAGUAGCUUCCAUGGUGAAAAGGUGAACGAGGUGCCUGUAAUAAGAGUAUAUGGUUCUACUCCUGCUGGCCAGAAAACUUGCUUGCACAUUCAUAGAGCUUUACCUUAUUUGUAUGUCCCUUGUUCAGACAUACCACUUCUGCCUGACCAAGGUGAUGCUUACACCUAUAACGUAGCUGCUUCUCUUGAGAAAGCCUUAAAGCUUAAAGGCAGUGCUGGUUCAACGAGACAGCAUGUCCAUGGAUGCAGCCUUGUACGAGCAAAGAAAUUUUAUGGCUAUCAUUCAUUUGAGGAUUUAUUUGUAAAGAUAUACCUAUAUUAUCCUCAAGAUGUCUCCCGUGCAGCUAAUCUUCUCUUGGCUGGUGCUGUUCUUGAUAAAAGUUUACAGCCUUAUGAAUCACAUAUACCCUUUAUUCUUCAGUUUCUGGUUGAUUAUAACUUAUAUGGCAUGGGCCAUUUGCACCUAUCAAAUUUGAAGUUCCGCCAUCCCAUACCCACUUGCAAGAAGUUAAAUAUUGAUAGCCAGCAUAGAAAGGCAGAUCCAGGUGCAGAUGCAUGUUUAGAAUCAAAAUUGUGGAUGUCUUCUGUGAUACCAUCUGAUUGGAUGUGGCCACCUCCAAGUGAUUUUGGUGCUUCGUCAAAUGAUAAUGCUCACUGUCCUAAACGCCAAAGCAUAUGUGAGCUUGAAGGAGAUACUUCUGUAAAUGAGAUUCUUAAUCAGCAGUUUAAAAUGUAUUCAUCUCUCUCACAAACGUGCUCUGAUGUCUACAUGGUUCAGUCACUUGUACCAAUAUGGGAGGAACAGCAGAAACGGACUGGGAUUCACAAGGCUACUAUGCCUUCUGAUCCUGGUAAACCACUUCCAGAAGAUGUUAUGAAACUGCUAUCUGUUGGUUUUGACUUUGAGAGAAAACUUAUUCACAUGUGCAGUGAAGCUGAAACCUCUUUUUUUUGUACUCCUGAGAAGGAACUGAGAGAAACAGACAUAAUAGGCUCGGCAUCACCACCAGCUUCAUUAUGUGAAAAUGCCAAAUUUCAUGAGGAAGGAACUGACCUAAAUCCCAAAUUGUUGACUUUGGGUGAAAUGCAAUCAUCUGAAAUUAUUGGAAUGUUGGACAUAAAGGCUGCGGAUAAGGAAGCACAAAAUCUCCUUAAGUGGCUUGCAACAUCUCAAGCUGCAGAGGAUAUAAACUCAGAUGAUGAACUUGCUUAUGAAAUGAUCUUGACUCCCUUGGUACCUUCUGCAACAAUUCAUAAGGUGCUGGAGGAAGCUAAUAUGGCUUAUGAGAGUGAGUCCCAGAAGGAGUGUCAGGAUAUUCUAGAUUCAAUUGAUGAUAUGCUUGAGUUGGAGUUAGCAAAGGAGAAGCCUUCUAGUUCCUUUGAUCACAAUUCUCCUAUCAAAGCUUCAUCAAACAGUAUGUUACCCCAAGUUGACGGUUCAAAUGAUGAUGAAUUUUCAAGUCCACAUGCUAGUUUGGCUGGAACCUCUUCUAGUCUGACUGGAACCUCUUCUCCAUUAGAGAUAAGCAGUGAAUACAAAAGGGGUUCUGAGUAUCAUGUACUGCACAAUACUGACACAAGUACUCUUAGUAAAGAUAAAAGGAAUAAACAAUGGGGCUCUUUGCCAUUUUCCAUGACUGAUAAGGUUAAUAAAGAUGGAGAACAUGUCACUUUACUUGCAACUCAUCCAUUUGGAAGUGCAACUGGAGAUUCUGCUCAUUCAGAUUACUUAAACAGAAAUGAGGUGAGAAAUAGUGCUUAUAUUAAAAGAAAUAUGGACAAAGGUGCUUCAGAUUCAAAAGAAGUAUAUAGAUUGGUAAACUGCUCUUUGCGAGAUAUGAUGAGGCGAAAGCGAUCUUAUCAAGUUGAACAAACUGAAUGCGAGGCUGAAACUACUAAAAAGCUUCUUUUAGACAGGCAUGAGGAACCAAAUAGAUGCCUUCAGCAAAAACAACUGGAUUUGAAAACAAAGCAAACUGAUGAAGAAGAAACAGAACUCCAGAAGAACUGUGAUCUAAUUGUUAGUGAUCAUGAUAAUUUGAUGUGUAACAAACUGCCUCUUCCAGCUGGCAGCGGCAGUUUUUUACAAGCUAGUAAGCCAAAAGAUGAGUGUUUUGGUCAACAUGAAAUGCAGGGUUUAGAAGCAAGCAUGGUGUUGAGGAACUGUACUAAUGAAGGUUCUUCCUUAAUGCAUGGAGGACCAGACCUCCAUGAGCCUGAAAAAUAUUUUAUUGAUUCCACAGAUCAAUCUGUGACUUGCAGGGGUGAAGAUCUUAGGGUUUGUGCAGCUUUUACAAAGCCUGCGUCCCCUCAUCCCUUUUUAGACACUCAGUUGAUAACAGGUGCUGAUUAUAAAGUCAGAGUUCCUGAGAGGAGUCACCAAACUGAAUCUUCUACUUCAUGUAGUGUGCAGAGCUCAUUCAUCAAUGAUAAAGUGUCUGGCAAAUAUAAUUGCAUGGAUCAAAGUUCUUAUGGGAGCAUAUCUUUUGUGCGAGAUGAUCAGGUGAAGUUUUGUGAGAAUUCUGUGGGCAAAAGUGCUGCAAGUGACGUGCAAGUAUUGUUAAGCAAAAAAAUGGAUAAUCCAAAGUUGGGAGAAAAGUUGUUAUGCGAGACUGUUGGCUCUGAACCCACUGACCUGAAGGGUAAUCCCAUGAAAUUCUUUGAAAUAACCACAGGGGAUGACCGCUUGGCUGAUAAGAAUCUUGAAAGUAAUUUGUCCUUGCCAAUUAAAACCCUUACAUCUAAAGGGACAAAGGGUGUCACCACUCACUAUCAAAAUGAUGGCUCUUACUUAUAUCUAUUAACACCAAAUAUUUUGCCUCCUUCUGCGGUUACUGUGCAUAGAUGGCUAUUUUGUGAAGAAAAAGGGCAUGUUCCUGAUCAAAUGCAUCAAGAAACUGAUGCUGAGGACAAGGAUAUACCUAAAUGUGCUUCUGAACCUCCUCUUAGGCAAAAGCUGUAUCAAGAUGCUGAUACAGAAAAGAAGCUUCCAUGCAUUGGUGAAGAACAAACAGAAAGAGCGAAAGCAUGGCUAGAUGGCUCACAAGAUAUUUCUCAGAUAUCAGGCCCUGAUGGAAAAUCAGGUCUUACCCCUCUAAGUCAAAUUGGGUUUCGUGACCCUGCUAGUGUUGGCUGUGGACAGCAACUAACAUUACUUAGUACAGAGAUUCUUGCAGAAUCUAGAGGAGACCUUUUACCUGAUCCUCAAUUUGAUGGCAUCAACAUUGUAGCUCUUGGUUUUCAGAAUGAUAGUGAUUCUAUUGUUGAAGUUCUUGUUCUUUUGCAUAGUAAAUCUGUACCCUCUCAGAGAAGUUUUGAUGGUCUAUCUGGCUGCAAAAUGUUGGUCUUCACUGAUGAGAAGCACAUGUUGAAAGAAUUUAUAAAGAUUGUGUCUUCAUCUGACCCGGAUAUUUUGAUGGGUUGGGAUAUUCAAGGGAGUUCUCUUGGUUUUCUGGCAGAAAGGGCAUCACAUCUUGGUUUAGGAUUACUUAAUAAUCUGUCUCGCACUCCAUCUGAGUCUUGGAUUGCUUCUAAAGAUACCAAAGCAUCUGAAAAAGAUACCUUGGGACUGGACAUCCAUGAUUCCCCUACUCUAGAUUGUUAUAUGCAAGAAAAUUCAAUAAUUGAGGAUGAGUGGGGACGAACACAUGCUAGCGGAGUUCAUGUAGGAGGCAGAAUUGUCCUUAACAUGUGGCGAUUGAUCCGUGGAGAAGUUAAGCUGAACUUAUAUACAGUUGAAGCUGUAGCUGAAGCUGUAUUGAGGCGGAAAAUUCCUUCAUUUCACCACAAGGUGCUGGCAAAAUGGUUUUCAAGUGGUCCUGGACGAGCAAGAUAUCAGUGUAUCAAAUAUGUUAUAGAGAGAGCAAAGCUGAACCUUGAAAUAUUAAACCAACUUGAUAUGGUGAAUCGAACAGCAGAACUUGCUCGUGUCUUUGGCAUAGACUUUUUCUCUGUUCUCUCUCGAGGCUCCCAAUACCGUGUUGAAUCCAUGUUUCUGAGGUUGGCCCAUUCACAAAAUUAUCUUGCUAUCUCACCUGGAAAUCAACAGGUUGCCUCUCAGCCUGCCAUGGAGUGCCUGCCCCUAGUAAUGGAACCAGAGUCUGGAUUUUAUUCAGAUCCUGUUGUUGUACUUGACUUUCAGUCUUUAUAUCCAUCCAUGAUAAUUGCAUACAAUCUAUGCUUUUGCACAUGUCUUGGUAAAGUUGUGCCACCAAAGGCCAACACACUUGGGGUUAGUUCAUUUUCACCAGAGCAACACGUUCUGCAGGGUUUAAAAGAUCAAAUAUUGCUCACUCCAAAUGGUGUUAUGUUUGUGCCUUCCAAGGUUCGAAGAGGUGUACUGCCCCGAUUAUUGGAGGAAAUCUUAACAACUCGAAUAAUGGUAAAACAAGCAAUAAAAAAGUUGGCUCCUUCAGAGCAAAUUCUUCAGCGGAUAUAUAAUGCAAGACAGCUUGCUUUGAAGCUCAUAUCAAAUGUAACAUAUGGUUACACUGCUGCUGGAUUUAGUGGUCGCAUGCCUUGUGCAGAACUUGCAGACAGUAUUGUUCAAUGUGGCCGUAGUACACUGGAAAAUGCUAUAUCAUUUGUAAAUCUACAGGAAAAGUGGAAUGCUAAAGUUAUUUAUGGAGAUACUGACAGUAUGUUUGUCCUGCUUAAAGGACGCACCAUCAAAGAGUCCUUCCAAAUUGGGAGUGAGAUUGCUUCUGCUAUCACUGCUAUGAAUCCUAGUCCUGUCACCCUGAAGAUGGAGAAAGUUUAUCACCCGUGUUUCCUCCUUACUAAAAAACGAUAUGUUGGCUACAGUUAUGAACGCCCUGAUCAAAUUGAACCUGGUUUUGAUGCUAAAGGUAUUGAGACAGUACGCAGGGACACAUGUGGUGCAGUUGCAAAGAUUAUGGAGCAGUCUUUGAGACUCUAUUUUGAGCAUCAAGAUUUAUUGGAGGUGAAGGCUUAUUUGCAACGUCAGUGGAAGAGAAUUCUUUCUGGCAGAUUUUCCCUUAAAGAUUUUAUCUUUGCAAAGGAGGUUCGCUUGGGUACCUACAGUGCAAGAAUUUCGUCACUUCCUCCUGCUGCAAUUGUGGCCACUAAGGCAAUGAGGGUUGACCCUAGGGCAGAACCACGUUAUGCUGAGAGAGUACCUUAUGUUGUAAUCCAUGGAGAGCCUGGAGCCCGCCUGGUUGAUAUGGUUGUGGAUCCAUCAGAAGUUUUGGCAAUUGAUUCCCCAUUUAGAAUAAAUGAUUUGUAUUACAUUAAUAAACAAAUAAUACCCGCUUUACAGCGGGUAUUUGGGCUUAUUGGUGCUGACCUGAACCAGUGGUUUUCAGAUAUGCCCCGCUCCAUAAGAGAAGCUUCUACAAAGCAUACAUUCAAUCCAAAUAUUCAUCGAACCAGAAUUGAUUAUUACUAUCUUUCAAAACAUUGUGUACUGUGUGGUGGGUUGGUCCAGGCAUCAGCCCAUUUAUGCAAUCAAUGUUCUGAAAAUGAAGUAGCUUCUGCGGCAGCAGUUAUUGGCAAGACUUCAAAGUUAGAGCAAGAGAUGCAACAUCUUGUUGCUAUAUGUCACCACUGUGGAGGCGGGGAUAGGCUUCUCGAAAAUGCUGUGAAGUGCACGUCCAUUUCAUGCUUGGUGUUCUAUGAGAGGCGAAAAGUUCAGAAAGAACUGCUAGCUGCCACCCAUAUUGCCGCAGAAUUGUAUAUCUCCUCCUUGCCUUAAGCCAAAUCAAAUUUAAUAUUUUGCUCUGUUGUAAUCAAUCAAAUGUAAAGCUAAGUUAAUUCAUGCUGAU